CGGCGGUCAUUUGGUACUCCAGAUGGAACUCGCUGUUGCACCGCCGUCACGAGUCGCAGCAGGUGUUACACUUGGGACCCCCCUCGUGGUUACAUUCUCGGGGCCACCACCAUUGGCGGACGACAAGCGUGAAAAUGGAGAAGCCUUUACACUGCCCGAUCUGAGCGGAAUAUGGGUUUUCCUAUCUCUUACAUCACCGGAUAUGCAAGAAAGCCUGGCCCCUCCUCGUGAGGGUCUCUUGUGUGGGAGCCGAGCGGAUUCGAUACAUACAAUCGACGAGGAACAGGAUGGCGAGCGGCCAACGAUUGCGUACGCGACGUUUCCAGGUCUCAAGAUCACUCAACCUGGGAGUUACCGCAUCAAGGUCAACAUUAUUGAUAUGAAUGCGACAUUCGGGGCCGACAGUGGCGCCGAAGGGGCAGCUACCGUGUUGCCAUGUCUUCAUUCUCCAGUCUUUGAAGUGGUCGAAGCCAAUGAGCACAGUGGCUCUGGGCCACAUCUCGCGGAGACAGUCAGUCGGCUGAGGUCAAUUGGUGUCAACUUUGGAGGUGAGGAGCAGCGAUCGAGAAUCUGA